GCUGUCCCCAUCCAGUCCAGUGUGGUGGUUUGCUCCUGCCCACCCCCGUCCAUGGUGAGGAGCCAGAUGGAGGCCGGCGGCGCCCCUGCCGUCCCCAGCAGCGGCAGCAGGCAGGGGCCCAGCAUGGAUGGCGCUGCGGGUGAGCCCAGGCCAGGCCCCAGCACUCUGCAGGCCGCCCCGCCGCCCCAGCCUCGCAAGAAGCGGCCCGAAGACUUCAAGUUUGGGAAGAUCCUCGGGGAAGGCUCCUUCUCCACGGUCGUCCUGGCCCGAGAACUGGCAACUUCAAGAGAGUAUGCAAUUAAGAUCCUUGAGAAGCGGCACAUCAUCAAGGAGAGCAAGGUCCCGUACGUGACCAGGGAGCGGGACGUGAUGUCGCGCCUGGACCACCCCUUCUUCGUCAAGCUCUACUUCACUUUCCAGGACGACGAGAAGCUGUACUUUGGCCUUAGUUACGCCAAAAACGGAGAGCUCCUCAAGUACAUCCGCAAAAUCGGGUCGUUUGACGAGACCUGCACUCGCUUUUACACAGCCGAGAUCGUGUCCGCCUUGGAGUACCUUCACGGCAAGGGCGUCAUCCACAGGGACCUCAAACCAGAGAACAUUCUGCUAAACGAGGACAUGCACAUCCAGAUCACGGACUUUGGAACCGCCAAAGUGCUGUCCCCCGAGAGCAAGCAAGCCAGGGCCAACUCGUUCGUGGGUACAGCCCAGUACGUCUCUCCCGAGCUGCUCACGGAGAAGUCAGCCUGUAAAAGCUCCGACCUUUGGGCUCUUGGCUGCAUCACCUACCAGCUGGUGGCAGGACUCCCCCCCUUCAGAGCGGGGAACGAGUAUCUCAUCUUCCAGAAGAUCAUUAAGCUGGAAUACGAUUUCCCAGACAAAUUCUUCCCCAAGGCCCGCGACCUCGUGGAAGGGCUUCUGGUCCUAGAUGCCACAAAGCGCCUGGGCUGUGAGGAGAUGGGUGGGUACGCCCCACUCAAGGCCCACACGUUCUUUGAGUCCAUCUCCUGGGAGAACUUGCACCGCCAGACGCCCCCGAAGCUUACAGCGUACCUGCCGGCCAUGUCUGAGGAUGAUGAGGACUGCUACGGAAAUUACGACAACCUCCUGAGCCAGUUUGGCUGUAUGCAGGUGUCCUCCUCGUCCUCGUCCCACUCCCUGGCCACACCGGAGCCGGGCCUGCCGCCGUGCUCGGGCAGCAGCGUUGAGCAGUACAUCCACGACCUGGACUCGAACUCUUUUGAGUUGGACUUACAGUUCUCCGAAGACGAGAAGCGGCUGCUGCUGGAGAAGCAGGCUGGCGGGAACCCUUGGCACCAGUUUGUGGAGAAUAACUUAAUUCUGAAGAUGGGCCCUGUGGACAAGCGGAAGGGCUUGUUUGCUCGGCGGCGGCAGUUGCUGCUCACGGAAGGGCCCCACCUGUACUACGUGGACCCCGUCAACAAAGUCCUGAAAGGGGAGAUCCCGUGGUCACCGGAGCUGCGACCAGAGGCCAAGAACUUUAAAACCUUCUUUGUUCACACACCUAACAGGACCUACUACCUGAUGGACCCAAGCGGCAAUGCCCACAAGUGGUGCCAGAAGAUCCAGGAGGUGUGGAGACGCAGGUACCAGAGCCGGCCCGCCGCCGCAGUCCAGUGA